AUGAAAACCGAGUGCCAGAUGGACUUCCUCAAAACUAUAUGGCAUACUCUGCCCUCCAGGUAUCAGGACUGUCUGGGUCUCAUAUAUCCCAAGUUGCAAGAAAGGCUGCAAAUUGCCAACCAAGCUGUUGAGAAGAUAUUGAGGAAACACGCGGACGAAGAUUCUAUGGGCUGGUCAAAACGCUUGUUUUACACCAUGCAUCUCAAAGAAACCAUCGAGAGAACAAUCGAAGAUGUAAAUGAGUGGCAGAAGAUCUUCGAGCCCACAUGGUUUUUAGUCAUGAGGGUUUCAGACUCGGUGGUCGAUACUGAGCUCCAUCGCAAUGCCCAAUCUUCUUCAGCUCUCACCCCAAGCUACCAUCUCCGAAAUUCCUUGAAGAAUGAAGCCAAUGAAGACAUGCGACUAUCUCUAUCAGCAAAGGCCCUUGAAGGUGCACAGCGUUCAAAUAUCAAAUUCUCUGAGGCCUCUAUUGUUUUUAUUCCAGGAAAACGACCUAUUAUCAUCGACUCAGCAGAAUGCCAGACGUCCAAUAUAUCAGCACUCACUAAGGAUGUUCGUUACCUAGCGCAGAGGCUUCGAAAUGUCGACCCACUCGUCUUCCAAAUCCUCAACUGUGCAGGUGUGAUAGAUGUCAAAGCCACUUCUCAGCAUGUACCCCGUUUUGACUUCGUCUUUCAGGUCCCCAAAGGCAUGGGACAACCACAGAGCUUACGAGAACUGCUUGUCGCAAGCCGUCAAACUUACCCCCUCAGCGACCGAGUGCGUAUCGCAAACCAGCUUGCGAAAUCCGUCAGUUUCGUCCACAUGUACAGUUUCAUACACAAGAAUAUCCGACCCGAGACCACCAUUGUCCUCCAAGACGGAGAGUCCGAACUAGGCUCACUUUUUCUGACUGGUUUCAAAAUCUCCCGCAUGGUGGGCGAGCAAUCGGGGCGACUGGGAGACUCGGACUGGGCAAGAAACAUCUACCGUCAUCCACAGCGUCAAGGUCUAUAUCCCGAGCAGGACUAUCGCAUGCUGCAUGACAUUUAUAGUCUCGGUGUUUGUUUGCUGGAAAUCGGACUCUGGGAAUCUUUGGUCCAAUACGAAUAUUCCUCGGAUCACCUGGAGAUGUACCCCAACAAAAUCUUUCAAGCUAAUGGUUCCAGCGUACCAAAUGUGAAUGCCAGUAAAGCACUGUUCAUGCAACUCGCCAAAAGCGUGCUCCCAGCUAAGAUGGGGAAGUUGUAUGCGCAGGUUGUGUUGACUUGUCUGACCUAUUGUGACGAGGAGCAGGAUGCUAUAGUUGAAGGUGUGAGAUACAUCGAAAGAGUAAGUGUGGGUCUUCUGGUCUAA